CUCCUUCGAUGACGUCCUUCCGGCUUCCCCGUAACAACACGUGUACGGUGUACACUUUCGAGCUGAAGGGAAUAACAUCAACUAAUCCUCAGCUUUCAGACACCUUCGUGUGUUCUCUUCCUUGUUUUCUCCGGUGAAGGCUCUGCCGACUAAGCGGUCAAAAUGGUGAAGCCUCUGUUCAAGGGGAAAAGCUCGAUAAACACCUCCUCGUCCAGCAGCAACCCUGAUCGAGCCAAGGGUGCUGGUGGGAACAACAUGAGGGACCGAGCCACUAUCAAGCGUCUGAAUAUGUACAGACAAAAGAAGAGAUGUAAUAACCGUGGUCAAGUCAUCAGACCUCUACAGUUCCAGUCCACGGUGGCUCCAGGGACUGUAGCCAGAGUGGAACCAAACAUCAAAUGGUUUGCAAAUACCCGUGUGAUUAAGCAGUCGUCCCUGCAGAAGUUCCAAGAAGAGAUGGGAGCAAUACAGAAAGAUCCAUAUCGUGUGGUGAUGAAACAAAGCAAACUCCCCAUGUCUCUCUUGCAUGAUCGAGUCAAAGCCCAUAACUCCAAGGUGCACAUUCUAGACACAGAGGGGUUUGAGACCACGUUUGGGCCCAAGGCUCAGAGGAAGAGGCCCAGUCUCAUGGUGGGGGAUAUGAAGGACCUCGUGGAAAAGGCAGAGGCCUCAGUCCUGACCUACAGCGCAGACAAGGACAAAGACCUAGUGACCGAGGACACAGGGGUCCGGGAGGAAGUACGGGAUGAAAUCUUCAAAAAGGGUCAGUCCAAGAGGAUCUGGGGAGAACUUUACAAGGUGAUCGACUCAUCUGACGUCGUCAUCCAAGUGCUGGAUGCCCGUGAUCCCAUGGGAACGCGCUCCAAUAGCAUUGAGGCAUAUAUGAAGAAGGAGAAAUCCUGGAAACAUCUGAUCUUUGUUCUAAACAAGUGUGACCUCGUCCCCACCUGGGUCACAAAACGGUGGGUCGCUGUUUUAUCCCAAGAGUACCCUACUCUGGCUUUCCAUGCCAGCCUCACCAACUCAUUUGGUAAGGGUUCCCUCAUCCAGCUGCUCAGGCAGUUUGGCAAGCUCCACACAGACAAGAAACAGAUAAGUGUGGGUUUCAUUGGCUACCCUAAUGUGGGAAAAAGCUCAGUCAUCAACACACUGCGCUCUAAGAAGGUCUGCAAUGUGGCACCCCUUGCCGGAGAAACAAAGGUGUGGCAGUACAUCACUUUGAUGAGGCGCAUCUUCCUCAUUGACUGUCCUGGUGUUGUCUAUCCUUCAGAAGACAGUGAAUCUGAUAUUGUCUUGAAAGGAGUGGUUCAAGUGGAGAAGAUCAGGAACCCAGAGGAGCACAUUGCGGCAGUACUGGAGCGGGCCAAGCCAGAAUACAUUCAGAAGACCUACCGCAUCCCCACUUGGAGCUCUGCUGAAGACUUCCUUGAGAAGAUGGCAUUUCGCACUGGGAAACUUCUGAAGGGCGGUGAGCCAGAUCUCUCCACAGUCUCCAAAAUGGUGUUGAAUGAUUGGCAGAGAGGACGUAUCCCCUUCUUUGUGAAACCCCCUGGACCUGAGAGGGAUCAAGAUGACAAGCUAUUGCCAGUCGAAGGGCCCUCAGAGGAAGUGAAUGUGCAGGAGGAGCCAGACAAUCCGGAUGCCAUCUCGGAGGAACAUGAGGAACAGCAGCAGCGGCUGCAGAGAAAGAAGGAGCAGGUCCAGAAGAUUCUGUCUAAUGUGCGACAGAACUUUGGCAAGAUCAAUGUGGCACCUGAGUUCACCGAGGAAGACUUGGUUCCUGUGGAGAUGCCUGACCUGGAACUCUCGGACUUCUCUGGCUCUGAUGGCGAGGAAGACAGUGAAGAAGAGGAGGGUGGAGAGGAAGACGGGACCAACGUUGAAUCAGCCAAUGGAGAGCCUGAGACCUGAGCCCUCAACGCGGCUCAGACUGGCAAAGCCGCCAGCAACAAGAGUUCACGCGAGGUGAUUCGAGAGCUGGAUGAGAAGAUCUCGAAGUACAAGCAUUUCCUGGACCGGGCCAAAUCCAAACGCUUCUCUGCAAUCCGGAUACCUAAGGCACUUUCUGACAAAGCGUUCACAGACAUCAAGACUAAACAAGCGGCGGCGGCAGCAGCAAAGCAAGCACAGCAGAAAGAUGCAAACCAGAGGAGCAAUAAGAGGAAAGCUGAGGACGAGGAGUCCACCCAAUCCGACAGACUGACGUCUAAACAGAGAAGAGCGAUGGACCGUGCCAAAAAGGUGAAGAAAGUUGGCGUGCGCUAUUACGAAACACACAAUGUCAAGAACAAGAACAAGAACAGAAAGGCCCCAGCAUCAGCCACAGAAGGCCGAAAGGCCAAAAGAUCAAAGCACUAAACUGGAGUCGUGAUAAAGUUUGUAAUAAAUCUUUAUUUAAACUAGCCAAAAAGGACAGAUUUUUAUCGAAAAUGCAGAGUUGAGAGGGUGGAAUGCUAACUAAGUGUUAAAUGGUCUUUUAUCAUGUGGCCACUUGAUGCCUUAUUUUGGCCCUGACUGUCCCUCAACCCAGAACUGGUUUUGAAUGACAUUUCAUUCAUCAUUUAAAGGUGUAAUGCUCUCUUGAUGUUAAAGAGAAAUGUACAGUUGUAUGAACUGUACUUGUCAUGCUGUAAUAAAAAUAUGUGCUUAUUACACUGUUAAGUUUACAUUAAUUAAUAUAAUUUAGAAAGAGAAAAGACAAAUUUAGUAACAUUCUGUACUGGGAAAUGGCAACUCAGAUCUUGUUUGGCGAAGUUACUUCUUUGGUGUAAUGAUCCCUUCCAGUUGGGUCUAAAUAGAAAGACAAAUAUUACGAUAUUAAGACAUGCAACACAGAUACUAUUGGUGCUUAAUCUAAAAAAAAUAAAAAUAAAAUAAAAUUCUUUGCUAUGUAA